AUAGAAUAAAUUUGCCCCGCAGAAAUUAAUAUUAAAUUAAAUUAAAUGGCUGCAGCUUCUUCCCAAGUAGCACUUCCUCAACAACCUGCAGUUGAUUACAGCAAAUACCGGCCACUAUACAGAGCUAUAUUGGCAGCAAAUUGGGAGGAUGCUGAAAUAUUCUUCAACCAAAACCCCGCAGCAAUUCGAUCUCCACUUAAUGAAGCGUACUUAGAGACUGCAUUGCAUGUUGGUGCUAAAGUAGAUUUGGCUCUGCUGUUGGUUGAAAGGUACCCUGAUUUGGGCCGUCAUAAGAACUUACGUAACACUGUAUCAGCUUUGGAAGUCAUAGUUUUUAGUGACUGUUCCAUUAUUAACAAACACAGCCUAAACUUUUUGCAAAGUUUCAUAUACUAUUGUGUUUCUAAAGCCGAGUCAACAACAUUAUCCGCACCAAUUUUCCACCUCAUCACCUCACUACUACAAUGGCUGGUAGGGAAGAGCAUAGUAAACAAAAUGGUGUUGCACCACCAAGCUGUUAAGCUUCUUAAAUGCUUGUGCGAUCAACUCAAAACCCUAAAUGAUACACAAGUGAACUCACUAACAAAGCGUGCAGUCUUUGAAGCAACGAGUUUAGACAUUUGGCAAGUCAUUCUAAAUAUUGCAGAUGCAUAUCCUCGUUCAGUUUAUUUCUCAGACUCCAUGCGGCAGAGAAUACUUCACGUUGCAGUAAUAAACCGUUGCGAAAAUGUUUUUAACCUUAUUUGUGGAACCAAUGUGCUUAGGAAUGGUUUAUCAACUCAUGACGACGUAAAUUGUAAUAGCGUUUUGCAUUUGGCGGGAAAAUUGGCACCUCCGCACAAACUAAAUCUUGUUUCCGGUGCAGCUCUUCAAAUGCAACGAGAGCUGCAAUGGUUUAAGGAAGUGAAAAAAAUCACACCCCCAUAUUUCUUAUCAUAUCGCAAUAAAGAUAAAAAAUCUCCGAGUAUGGUGUUUACGGAGGAGCAUAAGGAGUUAAAAGAGGCAGGGGAGAAAUGGAUGAAAGACACAGCAAAUUCAUGCACAAUUGCAGCAGCCCUCAUUGUUACUGUUGUCUUUGCAGCAGCCAUUACAGUUCCUGGUGGCAACAAUGAUGAAAAUGGCCUCCCAAUCUUCUCCAACAACAAUGCUUUCACAAUAUUUGCCUUCUCAAAUGCUGCAUCUCUCUUUACAUCCACCACUUCCUUGCUCGUCUUCUUGUCCAUCCUAACUUCGCGCUUUGCAGAAGAAGACUUCCUAUAUGCUCUUCCCAAGAGAUUAAUCAUAGGCCUCUUCACCUUGUUUUUGUCCAUAAUAUUUAUGAUGAUUGCCUUCUCUUCCACAGUGUAUCUGGUAUUUGGGAAUAACAGAAGGGGAGUUCUUAUUAUGGUGGCUGGAUUUGCAUGUUUGCCGGUCACUUCAUUUGUGCUUCUUCAAUUACCUCUGCUUGUAGCUUUGGUGUCAUCUACGUAUGGACGGGGCAUUUUCGAUCAGCGUGGCUUUCCCCAGCUCCCAUAUUGACUCCCAUGCAUGCCACUCAUAACUAUUGGUUGAUGAUUGGCAAACCCUAGACUUUGUAAUGCUUUGAUCAUUUUAAUUUGUGGUUCACCCAAAUUACAUUUUUCAGUAACGAUUAUAUAUGAGUUUUCUCGGGGCUUGAGUUUUUAAGUUUAA